UCUUCCAUUCCACUGUCGCAGUUCCACACUUAUUUUUCCUGACCUCAAUUCCAAGCCAUAUUCUUCAAUCCUCCCCAAAUUACAGUUUCAGCUCUCACUUCGUUUCCAACUCCAAUGGCGUCCUCUCUUGCAGUGAAGCGUUUCCUCUCCUCUCCCCUCAUUUCCAAGUCUUUGCUUCGUCCAGCUGCUGCUUCCGCUUCCCGCUCCUUCAACACCAAUGCCAUGCGCAACUACGACGACUCAGCAGAUGACCGCAACCUCGACGUCGAACGUCGCUCCGAUCGUACUCUCCCUCGCGCUCCUCGCCGCGACGAUUUCCUCUCAGAUGUGUUCGAUCCAUUUUCUCCGACUAGGAGCUUGAGCCAGGUUCUGAAUAUGAUGGAUCAGUUCAUGGAGAAUCCGUUCCUCUCUGCUUCUCGUGGAGCGGGAGCUGGACUUCGUCGUGGUUGGGACGCGCGUGAGACGGAAGAUGCACUGCUUCUGCGCGUGGACAUGCCUGGUCUCGGAAAGGAGGAUGUCAAAGUUUCCGUGGAGCAGAACACCCUGACCAUAAGAGGUGAAGGUGGUAAAGAAGGCGAAGACGAAGAAAGCGCGCGUAGGUACACCGGGAGGAUCGACUUACCUGAUAGGCUUUUCAAGAUUGAUCAGAUCAAAGCUGAGAUGAAGAACGGCGUGCUGAAGGUCGUUGUGCCUAAGAUGAAGGAGGAAGAGAGGAGUGACGUGUUCAGUGUCAAGGUUGAUUAGGAAAACAGAGUUAAAAAAAUGUAGCCGAAUAAGUUUGUUAGUUGUUUUGGUUACUUGCAAAUAUGCACCUUCUCUUUUGGAGUUCCCUUUUCCUAACUGUGUCCCAUGGUGUGCAUGGGUUGUUAUGGAGUUUUCUCAUUUUUGUAAAAAUUUCAGUGUAACGGAGGAAGCCUUUAUAAGGCUAUGUUUUUGUUAUGAUGAAUAUCUGCUAAUAUAAAUCUACGUAUUUUGUAUUCAAGCCA